UCUUUAUCAACGAGUCGAUAAGAAAAAUACUAAUUUAUUUUCGAGAACACGUAUUUUUUAUGGAAUGCAAACAUCUUUUUAAACAGAAAACUUUUCUUUCGAAAAUAUUACAAUGUUGUAGUUAAAGAAACCGUUAAAUGAUUUUCGUGCAAUAUCGAGAGACUCGAAUGCUCUUUAACGGCACGCGUUAUUAAACAUGCACGGCAUUGAACUCUUCUUUGCCGUUCCGGUUCGUCGCGAAGCAUGCGAAUGUGGAAGAAUUGUAACGCUUGUUUUUGUAAGAAAAAAUAAGCAAAUAAAAUUGUGUCCCUCGUUUAAGCGAUCGAGAUAGAAACAUCGAUAAAGAGCACGUUUUCGCUCUUCGUUGUAGACUCAUUGUCAGGAAAAGAAUGCCAACGAUCAAAAUAAUGUGCAAUUAUUUAUAUCUUCGUUCUUAUCUUUAUUUUAUUUUAUUUUUUUUUUCUUAGAACCGUCGUAAAUUAUCGUAAAUUACCUACGUAAUUGAUCGAAAUUGCAUAUUGAUAUCGAAAUGGAAAGAAAGUUGACCUCGCAUAUCGAUCUCUUUCUUACAUUGUUCACUGAAGAAAUCCAUCAUCCGUGAACUGGAACAUGAUUCGGUUCGAUAUGAUGACGAUUUAUUUACUUAUUUGAUUUUCUUUUUUUCCUUUUUUUAUUACGAGAAUUGAAUCUUUGCGACGGGUCAACCGAGUUAAAUAAUUCAUCGGCAGAAGCAGUAUAACGCGAUCUGUGGUUAUUUUGAAAGCAGUUGGCUCGACUAACGUUUAUGGAGAUAAUGUUUCUCGGCUUAUCGAUGGAGGUUUUUUUUGUCGUUGAUCGAUAAGUCGACAAUACGAUCCGUUAGAUCGUUGACGCGACUCUGUCACGAGCAUCUGCUUUGCACGAAAGAGCGAGGCGUAUGAAAAUGAAAAAUAUUGGUACGGCGUUUCAAAAAGAGAUAAAGACGAAAGAUCGCUGCGUAGUACGAGACUCGUAGAAUACUUUCCCUUUGAAAGAACACGUUCGAUCUUUUUGAUGCGUUGAAGUCUUGGUCAACCUCCGAAGAGCGUUUUAUAUUUUAACGCUUUUAUCUACAUACGAACAGCAAUAGAAACGAAAGCUCGCUUUUUCGUGUUGCGUUAUGAUAAAAACAUUAAUACAAAACGUCGAAGGGACCAGCGAUCGAAGAAUUUGGCGCGUCGGCGGAGCGAUGACUAACACGGCUCGUACCGUUAGACCGAAUCGUUACCCAAGCUAGAGAAUGCCAAUUUCAUGCGGUUUACGGUACUCAAAUUGCGCGUUAGAGGGAUACAUUGACUAUAUAACGAUCGCGUUCGACCUUCCUUUCGGAGUGCGAUAAAUUUGACGGGUCAUAGAUGAAAACAAUAAACACGUUCAAACGAAGUUGAUAACGUCUAUCAGAAAAUUCGAUGCAAUGACAUCCUCUCGAGACAGAGAAAGAGAGAUGCCAAGGAUGAUGUGGCUAGUGUCUAGAACGUGGCUCGUCUUUCUUCUACUGGCAGUUGGUCGUUGCGAGACAGAGGACGAACGCGACAUAUCCAGCGCUUUUAUCGAAGCUGCCAAGGCUUUUUUUACGGACAGAGAUGCCGUUGGUGGACUUCAGAACGUAGCGAACGCUUUCGUACAAUCGGAUGUGGGCAAACAGAUCAGCGACACGCUGUCAGGAAGUGGCAAAUCUGGUGAGGGCGGAAUCGACGAGAUGCUUCUGAAGGUCGGUGGUAUCUUGGCGAACGAACGAAAUGAUCAAAACGACAUAUUCUGGAGCUCCUUGAUAAAUACUUUCUCUUCGAUGGUUGGAAGGACUGCCAACAAUGCGGACGAUAGCAAAGAAGAGCAGAGCUUCAGCUUCGAGAGCAUGAUUGAUAUCGGUAAAAUGUUGUUAGGGCAACAGGAAAACCGCGAAAUUCUUUUAGGUUUAUUACCAAUGAUCAUGGAUGCUUUCAACAACGGCGGAGAAUCAACAGGUUUCUUGAAGAAGCACGAUCAUUCCGGACACUCUUGGUUCUUACCACCCAUAUUGGAAAAUCUUCAUGUUAUGUGGGAUCACUUUAGUCAUUCCGAGUUAGGUCAUGCCAUUUGGAGAAAGAGCGGCCUCUCAGAAUUUGUCGCUCAAAUGUCAGACGAGAAGGGUAGCAUAGAGUACGAAAAGAUUCUUGGCAGUUUUGAGAAUCCUUCUUUACGCAGACGCUGGAUCAAACUGUCGACGAAUUUCGUAGCAGAAUGGAUCGCUCACGUGUCCGAUCCAUCGACGAGACAACGUUACUUGACGACUAUCCAAUUCAUUGGCAACAGUUUCCUCAAAUCUCAGGGCUAUCCGAGAUCUGUCAUGUUCGACGCUAACAAACCGGCCGAGAGUAUUUCCAGAUUGCUGAACGUUGCUGCGAGGAAACACUUGAAUAUGAAGAUAGACAGCAGUCAAUACAUUGGACCAGCGAUCGCUUAUAUUCAGGAACUGGUUAACUUAGCUUCCGAAAAAGGUUUCAUAAUGUCAAGAAUAAGUGCCAGAGAACUCAGUAAUAAGCUAAGCAAUACGAUCAAUAACGAUAUCAUGGAACCCAUUCUAAGAUCUCAUCGCGCAUACAAAUGGGCGAUCAAACAUCCACAAUGUGCGAGUCAAAUACUUUGUACUCUCAAUGAAAAGAAUGAAAACGACGUACCCAUGUUACGUUCUACCAUCACGAAAAUCUUAAGCUUCCCAACGGCCUGGAUCGUAAGUAAUCAAAUAAAUGUCAACUUUUGGAUGCUUUAUGGAUCUCUAAUGGAGCACAGUGGAUGUAUCGCCAAAUAUCCAGCCGACUGUACGUCUUUUCACGAAGAAGAAAUCAGAGUAACUACCGAAAAUAUAGAACACAACGAACUCUGAAGAAUUUCGCGAGGCGCGUCUAAGAACUCUUUUCUUCCCCGAUAUCAAAGAGACGCUAAUAAAGAUCGAGGUCUUCGCUGUGUGCCAGUGAAUUUUUACAGGUUACAAUGAUGUUUAAUAAUAUCGUUUGUAUGUAUGUACAUACGAGGAAGUUGCCGCGAUAAGUCGUGAAUGUUUCAUAUAACAUACGAAUAAUAAUAUCUCUUAGAUAACGUGAGUAGCUACUUGCGCAAUGUACGCUCUCAUUCGUGUGCAUGUUUUUCCUUUUCGGUUCCAAGUAAAACAGUGUACAGUUACAAAAGCGAGGAACUCUCAUCGAUCGAUGACAUUCGUUAAAAAGGAUUUAUAUGUCGGAUUUGAAUCAAGAGCGAAUCGAUAAUUAUCAUCUCGUACAUUCUUUUAUCCUUCUUUCUUUCUUUCCACGAUGGUGUGAAAAUUAUUAAGUUCAUUUCGUUAGAAAAUAUAUAGAUAUACAUGCCUACAUAUAAUUUGUUCUCCUUAACUUUAUUAUCAAACUUAUUGCUAGUACGUAUUCUUCGUAAGUAAUCGAACGCGCGCAUUAGUCAUAAUCCUUCGUUGACAUAGAAGCAAAAAGUUUGAUCGCUGAUCAAACGAGAAUGCUAAAGCGAUCCAAGUGGACUUACGAAUAAGAGCAUUUUGUGAAUGUUUUCUUGUAAAUAUUAGGUAAAAGCAAUGAAUAAAACGUAAGUGAAAU